CCUGCCGUGACAAGAUGGCGGCGCCCUUAGCGCAGCAGCUGGAGGAGCUGCUCAACCCCCGGCCCAGCUUCCGCGACCCCGAGGACGACGCGGAGGAAGCUACAGUUGCUAAAGUGAUUGACAGAUUUGAGGAUGAAACUGCAGAUGACGUUUUACCUGUUGGUAACAUACGGAAAAAAGCUUCAGCCUCUCUCUUGGAAGCUGAUAAAAGGUACAGUGGAAAAGCAACAUCCCGCAAAGCUUUGCAGGAAGAACUCUGGGGAGAUGCUGUAUCUGAAGAAGGAUCCGCUGAAGAAGCAUUAGAUGACUGGUACAGUGGCAGCGAGGAUUCGGAAGAGAAUGGCAGCUUAGGCACUAAAACAAAGGAGAAGCUGGGCAGUGCUGGCAGUGACCAAGAGGAUGACUUGGAAGAUGAUGAAGAGACAGAUCCGUCUGCCAAGACCAAGGAAUCAAAGUUCAGCUUCCAGAACAUCACAGACUUUGAGAAAUUUACAGAGGGGAUGGAUGAUGUUGGAAUCAGUGAAGGGGAAGAUGAAGAUGAAGAUGAUGCCAGCAUGGAAGAAGGAAGUGAUGAGGAGGAAUAUGAGAGUGAAAGCCAUGACAGUGUAGAAGAAACCAAAGACCACGAAGAUGAUGGGGGGGUGAUGACAUUCUCAAAAGGACAAGAGACUGAAGAAGUAGAAAAAGGAAAAGCAGUGAAGAAUCAGCUAGCUCUGUGGGAUCAGCUACUGGAAGGGAGAAUCAAGAUGCAGAAGGCGCUUGUAACAGUCAACCGGCUUCCACAGCCAGACACUUACCCAACCUUCAGGAAGGAAGGUGGACAGGAAUUUGACAACGCUGUUGAGAACUGUUGUAAAGCCCUGGAGGCGUUGAUGAAAGUAUUAGUGGAGCUUCAGGAUGAGCUGCUUUAUCAAUACCCAGGCACGAGGCAUCUGGUAGACGGAAAACAAUCCAAAACUGAGAGUGAUGAUGAAAUCCCUAGCAGUAGUGAUGAAGAGCAAGUGGAUAAGGCUCAGGAGAAGAGGAGGAGCCUCCCCAAGCGAAAGCUGAAGCUGGAGGAGUACCCAGAGUUCAUAGCCAAGCGCUAUGCUGACUUCAGGACCUAUCGGAACAGCGUCCUGCAGAAGUGGCAUGAGAAGACAAAGCUGGCAUCUGGCAAAGUGGGAAAGGGUUUCGGUGCCUUUGAGCGUUCAAUCUUGACUCAGAUUGAUCAUAUUAUGAUGGACAAAGAGAGAUUACUACGGCGGACACAGACCAAGCGAUCCGUGUAUACAGUGCUGGGGAAGCAGGAACGGGAAACUCAUCCCAUCCCUGAGUCUUUGCCUGAAAAUUUGGAAGUCCUUCCUGAGUCAGAGUCCAACAGGCACCUGAAGGACAUAGAUGAGGAGAUAUUUGAUGACGAUGACUUUUAUCACCAGCUCCUUCGAGAAUUCAUAGAACGUAAAACCACUUCACUGGACCCCAAUGACCAGGUGGCGAUGGGCAGGCAGUGGCUGGCCAUCCAGAAGUUACGAAGCAAAAUAAAGAAGAAAGUGGACAGGAAAGCCAGUAAAGGGAGGAGAAUCAGGUAUCAUGUCCAUAGCAAGCUGGUGAGCUUCAUGGCACCUAUUGACCACUGUACAAUGAAUGAUGAUGCCAGGACAGAGCUUUAUCGUUCACUCUUUGGAAAGAUCUCCAAUCCCCAAGAACCGGAGCAGAAUUAGCAGGGAUCGACCACAGCAGCGGGUUCCUCUCCCUGCACUGGACACUGCCCCAUCUCCUGCUGUCUCCUUGGUCUGGGCUGCUGCUCGUCUGACCCAGAGCAAGGUCUCUCCAGCUGCUGGUUUGUUGCUAUAAAACCCCACUGAAGGAGCAUCCGAUGCAGUUUCUGCUGAAUCACACAGGCUCAGAAAGGAGAGCAGGGAGGUUCAGCUUGGCUGAACGCCCUCUCUCUGCCUUGAAAAUGAACUCUGCUUCCUCCCAAAGACAAUCCAGCUUUAACUGUUCUCUUUGAAAUUCCUGACCUUGAUUCUACAAGCUGGGCACAGCGUUCUGCCAGGGGGACACACACGAUUCAGAGCAGAGGGACCACCAGCCCCCCCUGCAAUCAGGUCACCCACGUUUGUAUUAAAUCCGUAGAGAUUUUCAUUUGGGAGACGGGGGGAUUGCUGGAGCGUGCUGUUCUGGUGGCUGGCUGCAUAUCUGGAAUGUGUGACUUUAGUUUUCAGCGAGUCAAGAGGAUUUAAAUGUCAUUUACAUAAUUAACAUGGCCUUAAAACAGAGAAAAGGUGCUCUCGCUUGCAGGCAGCCAGAGCUCCCUGUUCACACUGUUUCUCAGUGAGCUCUCAGUGCACACAGGGAUGUUUGCUGACUGGUGAUGAGCACAGCACUGGGGUACAUCUGGGGCUGUUUGCUGGUGGAGUCCAGCACUGAUCCUGUGCACUGAA